AUGGACGUCGAGAAGGCUGUCAAGAAUAUAUUCAGGGACUUGCCCUCUGAAGCUACACCCAGGGCAUCUUGGCCCGCGGCCAACCCCUUCAAGCAAACGGCCAUCGAGAACAAGUGCUUUGAGGAUGGCGCCACCAUCCACUUUGACAGGCUCUCGCCCUUGCAGAGCUGGGCGCCCAUGUUCGGCGUCGACAUGGCCAAGCGCUCCAACUUUAUCAUCUCGAAUACUGUGCGCAUCGCCGUGCAAAGCAAUCUCAGGCUCUCCCAGUCCGAGAUAGACGCCAUCUCCCAGACCUCGGCCAAGAACUACAACCGCUCCGCCUGGGCUAUCCCCAUGGCUUCUACCAUCACGGCCGCUAUUGUGUACAACAACCGCACAAACUUCAGGUUCCCUUUCUACACCCCAAACCCGGAUACAUGGUUCAGCCCUUCGUCUUUCCCGACCCGGCGCGUGUCCUUCCUGAAAGGCACCAGUGCGGUGGCUACCUGGCACGCCCUCAGAUUUCUCGCCUACUUCCAGUUGGUCAAGACUGGGACUGGCCUCUUCUACGCAUCCAUCAUCCGGAUGAGCAUCGCUGCCGACACCGUCUCCGACCAGAGGAUGGCACGCGUCAACGACGCAAUCAUGAGAUUGGUCGACCCCAAGGGCGCCCGCAGGAGACCGCGCCCGGAGUUUGCGUCUCAGGAGCCGCAGCGCCAGCCGCCUGACCUUUCUGAUGCAGAGCGACGAGACGACACGUAUCGUAGGGUCGGCCUUCCCCCACCAUCACCAGAAGAGGUGAGACGGAUGGGUCAGCAGAGGCAGCAAUCCCAACCUUGGCAGAGUCAAGAAUCCACUGCUCCUGCUGAAUGGGGUUACACCGAAAGCCAACAGCCAGCGCAGUCAGCCGAACCUUCUUCGCAACAGACCAGACAAGCCGACCAAUCAAGCUCAUGGACAGAUGCGGGCCUGUUUGAAGAUGAUGAUGCUUCCCCUGUCGCAGCUGCUGCCAGGCGGACGGAACGUGAAGGGAGACCUGAGCCCGUCGGCGGGGCUUCAGCAUGGGAUCGUCUGCGACAACAGGCUAAGCCUGGAGAUUCACCAUCUGCCAAAAGGGACGGGUCUGGUCAGGGUACAUCGUGGAGUCGAUUACGUCAGGACGCUGCGUCGACUGUGAAAGACAAGGACCAGACAUUACCGCGGGACAGUUAUUCUUACAAUGAAGCUGACGAGGCGAAAGACUAUGCCAAAAGCCAGGCGCAGAAGGAGUUUGAUGCCAUGCUCGAGGCAGAGAGAAAAGGAACUGGUGAAAGUGGUGGCAAUUGGAAAUGA